CAGGCAGCGAGGCCCAGGACAUGCUCGACAGCUGCACAGCGCUUGAGGAGGUGCUCUUGGCACUGCAGGUGUUGGACCUAGACAGCGCCUUCAGCCACUGGGCGAAGACAGAGUACGGCGCCCUCUCGGCCGAGCUGACCAGUCAGCGCACCGCCGCCUCGAGCCGGCUGCUUCGAGACCGCUUGCCCCAGGACAUCGCGGCCUCGCAGGCGGACGAGGACAUCGGCGAGACGGCGCCGCCCCUCGCCAUCGAGCAGACCACCAGGGGCCUGGCACGGCUGACCAUCACGGCCGUGAAUGACUUGGAAGACUUAGACACUCAAUACCCAUGUGGUUGGGAUGGUGAAGGCGUCUGCGCACGAGGCUGUACAGUUGGCGGUUGCUGGAUGCAAGAGUCGGAUUACGUGAAGGUCGGCUGAGCCUGGCGACCAGCUGCCGGGCGAUGUUCCUGCUCCAGCCCCUCUUCUGGCACGCCCCCUUCUGAUCACUCGAGCAAACAAGCCCCCCCACCGUGCACUUUGGAAGGCCGCGGGCGCCGAGUGGCCCAAGGCAGUCAGCUGCCCGUGGGCAAGCGGACGCGUGCCCUACACCUGGCGCGCCUACGCGAGCGAGGGUGCCGACCACGCGGCGCGUGCACACGGCGGCAUGUUUCCUGGCAUGCAGGGGUGCGCCAAGCGGCGUCGCGUCUCGACAGGGGCGCCGCGGGGGGAAGG